UCUCUUUCUUUCUUUCUUUCUUUAGGCCAAGCUUUUGUCUGAAUUAGACUGUGUUUUUAGACUCAUUUGUUUCACCACAAUUUUUGUAACGUUGUUUACCAUCCUUGUGCGCCUCUAGUUUGAGAGGCAAUGCGAUUUUGAAGGCGGAACACGUUUAGUUCCACUCGGCAGAGUGCACGAACACUGGCGCACCAAUAGCAUCCCUAUGUCAGUCAAUAGUCUGCAAAGUGACGCGACCAGAAGGGGAGGGUGCUUUCUCUCAAGCCUAUCUCAGUUUUGAGCUUUCUCAAGCUGCAGGGAGCCGAAUGGCGCACUAAUUUAAGAGUUAACGUUUAGACAUCUCCUUUAUGAUUUCGUGGAGUUUACUAAUUUCCUGAAAACUUUUUGCGGGACGAGACGACUUGUGCACGGUGUAGGAAAGGGAGGAUCUUCCCUUGCAGCUCGUGACAGACAGCACAACACCGGGAUACAAACUUUGCGCUUUGUGCAGAAAACGUCUAGAUUGACUCGGCCACUAACUAACAGGUCCUGAGUCACUAGGACGGCGCUUCCUUGCUGGUAACAGUGGGAAUAUUUAAAGAUGUUGGACGGUAUAAAAAUCGAAGACCAUCCGCUGCGGUCUGGACAGGCUACACUUGGAGUUAUGCUGGGGACGGAGUGCCAUCAUCAGGCGGUGUGUGAGGGGUGCCAGCGGCCGAUAUCCGACCGCUUUCUGAUGCGCGUCAACGAGUCUUCAUGGCAUGAGGAGUGUUUGCAAUGCGCCGUGUGUCAACAAGCGCUCACCACCAGCUGCUACUUCCGGGAGAGGAAACUUUACUGCAAACACGACUACCAACAGUUAUUUGCGACCAAAUGCAGCGGGUGCCUGGAGAAAAUUGCCCCCACGGAGUUUGUGAUGCGGGCGCUCAAGUGCGUGUACCACCUCAACUGUUUCUGCUGCUGUGUGUGCGACCGACAGCUUAGGAAAGGGGAUGAAUUUGUACUGAAGGACGGGCAGCUGCUGUGCAAGAAUGACUAUGAAAGGCAGAAAGACCUGCUCGGCUCUGUCAGCCCCGAUGACUCGGAUUCAGAGAAAAGUGAAGAUGAGGAGUUGGAUAUCAAGAAGGAGAAGGGCUCAGGAGGCACUGGGAAGAGAGAUGAUGGGAAAGACCCAAGAAGACCCAAGCGACCACGUACCAUCCUUACCACACAACAGAGACGUGAGUUCAAAGCAUCCUUCGAGGUUUCUUCCAAACCCUGCCGGAAGGUAAGAGAGACGCUGGCUGCAGAGACAGGCUUGAGUGUUCGCGUCGUUCAAGUGUGGUUCCAGAACCAAAGAGCUAAGAUAAAAAAGUUGGCGCGGAGACAGCAGCAGCAACAGGAGCAGCAGAACUCCCAAAGGCUGGGCCAAGAGGUGAUGUCCAAUCGGAUGGAGGGAAUGAUGAACUCCUACACACCAUUGGCUCCAGCCCAGCAACAGAUGGUUGCUAUGGAGAAUGGUUACAGCACCGAUCCCUUCCAGCAGGGCCUCACCCCUCCUCAAAUGCCCGGUGACCACAUGAACCCAUAUGGAAAUGACUCGAUAUUCCACGACAUUGACAGUGACACUUCAUUGACCAGCCUUAGUGACUGCUUCAUGGCCUCGUCCGAGGCGGGCUCAAUGCAAGCGAGAGUCGGGAACCCCAUCGACCGACUCUAUUCCAUGCAGAGCUCCUACUUUGCUUCAUGAAAACCUAAACAGACAAGGAAAGGCAAAAGUGGGUCACUUCGCUGCAGCUCACUAGUCAGAUGCCGCCUAUCAAGGAAAUACAGCAGAAUCGUCAACAAAGCUCAAAGACGAAACAUCUUAGAUAGACAAACAGGAAAGACAAGUGAACUUGAAGACUUACGUCCUUAUUUCUCUGCAGUGAAGCGCCAGCUCUGGAUGCCCAGGCGCCUGAGGCUGAGAUUUUUUUCUAGUUACUUGUAGAUUGUUUGUACAUGACUUUCUCAGAAGUAGCAUUUCAUCUUAUCCUCAUCGACUUGUGGAAAAAAGAGUAUUGAUGUACAGUUUGACGUCACUGAAGCAUCAAGCCUUGACUUAUGAUUUCCUGCCGGGAGAGGUGGAAGAUCAAGUCACAAAGCUCAUAAUGCAUGAAUCCAUAUCUUUGUGAUUGUUACAUAAAAAAAAUGAAAAACAUUUGGAAAAAAAAAAUUGUAAAAAAAAAAAAA